AUGCAGGCCAGCCUCCAGCGUUUCGGGGUGGGACUGGUGUUAUUAUCUCUGGCUCCAUCCACCCUGUCGUUCUCCCUUGGAGCGAGUCGCGCUUCUUGUCGGGAAAUGAUUCCCGGGCACAUCCGGGCUCAACCUCAGGACCUGCAGCGCAGCCACGUCACGCUACGCACUUCUGCCUCUUCCUACCUGCCGGGACAGUUAGUAACAGUGACUGUCCGAAGCUCUAGAGAUUUCAUGGGUUUCCUGCUCCAGGCUCGCAGUGUGGAGGCUCCAAGUCUCGAAGCCGGGGUCCGAGCCAGGUCUUUGGGACCGGUGCUGGUGGGGGGAUCCUGGACCCUCACUCCCCCCGGUACUCACACCCUGCACUGCCUCUCGGAGGGCGACACCCUCACCCACUCUGACAAACAGCUGAAGAGAAACCUCUCGUUUGUGUGGAGGGCUCCGGAUGCACCCAUGGGAGACAUCAGGUUCUACGUCACGGUGGUGCAGUCUUACUUUGUGUACUGGGCUGGUAUCGAGUCUGCAGUGGUGCGGGAUGGGAGUCGUAGUCCUUGGAGUUGGCGUAACAUCACAGGGGCGGAUGGGGGGAAUUCAGCUUUUGCACUACAGGAAGAUGAAGUAACUGCUCUCCCAGGACCCUCUCCAGCUCCACGGCGCUCCAUCUUCAACCCCUUAACAUCAACCUCCUCCUCUGUGCUUUCCAAACAACUCACUCUAGGUCAAAAGUUAGCCAACCAGAACCACAUCUUAACAUCCGGUCCUGAGCCUAACCUCGACCUACCAACACCAGGAACCGUGAUUCACCCAAACCCCGACCCCCAUCCCAACUUCAACCCCAACUUCAAACUAAAACCAGGCCACAAGUUGACACCCAACAGUGAUACUAAACCCAAACGACCCUCCGAUCCCGUUAAGACUCCAGAAAAGGAAGGGAAGUUGCCGGACAUCAUCCCCAGACACAGUUCCUGGGAGCUGGGCAUGCUGCUGGGCUGCUCAGCUGGCCUGGGCAUGGUGCUGGUUGUCGGGGUGAGGUACAUGUACCGUCAGGCUUGUGGCAAACAAACGGAGGUGACGCUACAUGACAGGGAGAGGGAGUAUGCGAGGGGAGAAAGAGGGCUUCUUCACGUCCAGGAGUGUGGAGAUCUAGUCCGAGUCCGGAGAAUCAGGGAGAACAGUUUUGUGCUCCUGGCAGAGUACGACAUACUGGCAUCUCCUGGAGACUUAAGAUAG